GCCGCAUUAUUUUCAACUUCAAGUUAAUUUCUAUAUUUUUUUUAUCAAAAACACCUAAUUUGGUCGUUCAGCGUUCUUAUAAAUAAACCGUGAAUGCAGUAAACGAUUUUAAAGUACGGAAUGUUUAGAUUUGGACUACAUUAUCAUUAUACAGAAAACAAUCAGGAUGGACAACUCUCAAUUUUCUACAACUUUUUCAGAAGUGGAUUGCGUUAUAGAUACUUUAUGUUAUGAAGAAUUCAUAUCCGAGUUAAAAGAUUGUUUCAACUUAGUAUCUGAAGAUGUGUCUGAACACCUAACUAAAAUAUUGAAGGAUUGUGAAGAAUGCUUAACUCAGACCUUUGACAUUAUUAUUGAUCUAAAGGAGAAACUUACUGAUGAAAAAAAACUUGGGGCUAUGUUAGAAAAUGCAAUAACUAUUCUAAAAAUGUUGGCCAGGCACCUGAAAAAUUUAGAGAAAUGUUCUUUCACAUCAUGCAACACUAAUAAGACAUUUCCAACAAUGACUGGUAACAUUAUUUAUACAGUGUUCAACCAUUGUAAAAAUAGUGAACAAUUGUAUGGUAUCUAUCUAAGAAGUUUGGAAAAUGAACUGAAAGAUUUGUUUCGCUCAUGCCACGAAUUGCAGUUAACAUAUUUAAUGAUAUUGGAAAAGUAUUACGUAAUUGAUUUGGACGUAGAGGAUGAACAAGCAGUUCUUUUGGCAAGUUUAGAAAUCAAUCUAAACAUCUGUGAUAUAGCACAGGCACUAGAUGUUAAAACUAUGGCAGAGCACUGGAAAGCAUACACCGCUAUCUGUGAAAAACAUGCUCAAUAUUUACAAACAACUGAUAUUUUCAAUAAAUGCGCUAAGAAUGUUGUUGCUACUGUAAAAAAUAAUAUGAAUUUUGAGCAAAUGGAAGAUGACAAAGUUAUUGUGAGAUCUCUAAAAGUUACAGCAUUUGUUAUUAAAAUAUUGUUCAAGCUGGCCGGCAUAUUCAAAAAUUUGAGCUACAAAAACGAGCAUAUUCUGGAACUGAUUCUAUUUGUUUAUCAAUACAAAGACGAGGUAUUUGACGCAAAAGCAGCAGAACACUCUAAUCUUAUAGAAGGCCUUAUAAUGUCAACAGUGGAUAAUUUAGUAAAGGAAAUUUUGAGCGAAGAAUUCCUUGAUUAUGUUUAUACACUGCCUGUGCACUCCAAAAAUGUGUUGUAUAUUCUCUUAUUGACAAAUAUAAUGCGACAAAUCAUUCAGAAUACUCAUCAAAUUAUAGAAAAUAAGGAGAGACUGAUUGAACAAGUAUUUCUACUUUUACCUAAAUGCCAAAGUUUAUUUACUAACCCAACAAGACUGAAACUAAACAACAAAUUUUAUGAGCUGUAUCAGUACUUAGUCAUACAUACUGUGGCGUUUGCUACAUCAUUUUCACAAGAACAGUAUACGAAAUUGGAGCAGAUAUUAUUUCAAACAUUAUUGAGUAUUGAUUAUAACAGUGCGACUUUUGCAUCGGAUUUGUGGGUGAUUUUAUGCAGGAACAAUACACAAUUACAACUCAAUACAUUAUCUGGUUUAAUAAGAAAUUAUCAGAAGUUAGAAACGAAUAAAAUGUUCCAAAUACUACCACAGAAACAGUACAUACUCCAUACCAUAGAGAAAAUGUUCAAGAAUCUACCAUAUGAUGAGAAGAUACUAAUCUAUAGGCAGUGUAACAUUCAAGAUAGAAGAAAUAGCUCAGUUUGGACGGUAAUGAUGGUCCAUUUACCGGAUAAUAUACGGGUUACAGCGGAAAAUAUUGUAACGGAUCGCUGCUUAACAUCUUUACAAGAUUUUCUUAAGCUAAAGUCUAUGGGUGUUGGCGAUUUAAAUGUCGCGAUACAAAACAUUCAAUUGUUGGCCAACUGUACUACCAACCACCGAGAUUUAAAGGAUAUUGAGGCGGUCUUAGUUAACUGUUGGUUGAAAUGCUGUCCCAGUGCUGCCAUACAGAAUUGCCUGAAUAAUAACAUCGUGUUCUUCAAAUAUAUAGAAGCCCUUGCAAGCUGCACAUGUAAAUUUAUAGAUCAUUUCGAGGGGAUAAGUAUAGAAAAGACCAUGCAUGUUGUGUUCAAGCUUAUAGAAGUCAAAAACAUUCAAGUUACAUUAAUUCUGUUUGAGCUAUGCUGCGAAUUGUUAAUGGCCAUUAGUACGUUCUGUUUUGUCGAAGAAUUUUCCGAUGAUUUGAAUGACUUAUUCUUGAGAGCAAAUAAAGAUACUCUGCGACGCUUCUUCAUAAUUGCAGUAUCGAAACCAACUUUGAAGAAAUUCGUUACAGAACAUCUUAAAAAAGAUAGUAUUUUGAAAGAAGUGUGCGAGGACUUUGAAGCCUUCAAGAAUACCCUCGAUAAUAAUACAGGAAAGAGCGAUUUUAGCUUUGAAUACGCUUUUAAACAUAUAUGUGAUGAUGAAAGUGCAGAAAACGUUUAUUUUCAAAAAGGUGAAACUAAUGACGAAGUAGAUAUUAUGGAGGAGCCAGUACCUAAAAAAGCUAAAACUGAUUCAAGCGUAAUAGAAGAAGCGGUAUCUUCUCUAGAAGAUAAAGUGUCACGUCUAGUUCAAGAAAAAGAAACUCUAACCGAGGACCACAAAAGAAGACUGAGAAACAUAUGCCACAAAUUGAAAACAAUGAUUUGAAUAAAACUCAAAGUGUCACUCGGUAACCGCAUGUAACAUACAACCAUUUCCACCCACCUGGAUAAGGUAUCCGGC